GGGCGGAGGCAGAACUUGCUGAUCUCGCGCGAGUUUGUAGCGUGACUGCCACGUCCGAGCAAACCGGGAACCGGUGAGAAUUCUCUGCUUUUUAGGCCUUUUCCCCCAGCUAGUGGGUCAUAGAGACGAGGGCCCAGAGUGCACGUAACGUGGAGGGUCGGAGGGUAGAGCUGUCGGAGAGGAAGGGUGCUGUAGAGCUGUCGGAGAGGAGGGGGCGCUGCAUCCGGGAAGAGGGUUCGAGAUCGAGAGAAGGCGUCUCAGGAACAAUGUAAGGGGGGUACAGACUGCAAGUGGGAGCAGCCCAUAGACGUGGACUGAGGACACGAGAGAAGGAAAGCAGACCCCCACGUAGAUAGGGUUGGACAUCAAGUGGAAUCGUUGUCUCUGUCCCUCUGGUCAGCGUGAUGGCCGGGGGCCUGCGGGUGCCCCACUGGGUGGCUAUGGGACUGCUGACCUGGGCGGCUUUGGGGCUACUUGUGGCCGGACACGGGGGUCAUGGUGACCCGCACAAGGACGUGGAAGAGGACUUCCAUGGCCACAGCCACGGGCACUCACAUGAGGAUUUCCACCAUGGCCACAGCCAUGCCCAUGGCCAUGGACACACUCACGAGAGCAUCUGGCAUGGGCAUGCCCACAGCCACGACCAUGGACAUUCACAUGAGGAUCUGCACCACGACCAUGCCCAUGGCCACUCCCAUGAGAGCCUGCAGCUCGGAGGACAUGGACAUGGACAUGACAGGGAACAUAGCUAUGGAGCCUCUAGGGGGACUGGGACUCCAGGCAUCAAGCAGCCCCUGGACACUGUAACCCUCUGGGCCUAUGCACUGGGGGCCACAGUACUGAUCUCGGUAGCUCCAUUUUUCGUCCUCUUCCUCAUCCCUGUGGAGUCAAACUCUCCCAGACAUCGAUCUCUGCUCCAGAUCUUGCUCAGUUUUGCUUCUGGGGGGCUUCUGGGUGAUGCUUUUCUGCACCUCAUCCCUCAUGCUCUGGAGCCUCAUUCUCACCACACUCUGGAGCAUCCAGGACACGGACACUCCCACAGUGGUCAGGGACCCAUUCUUUCCGUGGGGCUGUGGGUUCUCAGUGGAAUUAUUGCCUUCCUUGUGGUGGAGAAAUUUGUGAGGCACGUGAAAGGAGGACACGGGCAUAGUCAUGGACAUGGAGAUGGUCACACACAUGGAAGUCAUGGACAUGGAAGACAGGAGCGCCCUUCAAGAGAAAAGCCCAGCUCAGAGGAGGAAGAAAAGGAAGCAGGGGGAUUGCGGAAGAGGAGAGGAGGGAACCUGGGGCCCAAAGAUGUGCCAGUGAGACCUCAGAACCCUAGAGAAGAAAAGCCAGGUUCAGACCUGCGCGUGUCUGGGUACCUGAACCUGGCUGCUGACUUGGCACACAACUUCACAGAUGGUCUGGCCAUUGGUGCCUCCUUUCGAGGGGGCCGAGGGCUAGGAAUCCUGACCACCGUGACUGUCCUGCUACAUGAAGUGCCUCAUGAGGUUGGAGACUUUGCCAUCUUGGUCCAGUCUGGCUGCAGCAAAAAGCAGGCGAUGCGUCUUCAGCUACUGACCGCCGUAGGAGCCCUGGCAGGCACAGCCUGUGCCCUCCUCACCGAAGGAGGGGCAGUGGGCAGUGAAGUAGCAGGAGGUGCAGGCCCUGGCUGGGUUCUGCCCUUCACAGCAGGUGGUUUCAUCUAUGUAGCAACAGUGUCCGUGUUGCCCGAGCUCUUGAGGGAGGCAUCCCCAUUACAGUCGCUUUUGGAGGUGCUGGGGCUGCUGGGGGGAGUUGUCAUGAUGGUACUGAUUGCCCACCUUGAGUGAGGGGUGGGAUAAUCUGCCCUACCCCUGCCCCAAACCUCUACCUGUAACUCCAGGGAAGGGUAGUUGGGGGCCCUGGCCAAGGAUACUUGCAGAGGAAGGAGCUUUAGCCUAGAAUGACAACUUUGGCAUUGGGGCCUUCAGGGCUUGGCAGUCAUAAGAGAGAAGGGGAGGCCAGAGGGACCAACGCAUUGGACACUGCCCAGCAGAACUGUUGGUUUUGGAAGGAUAAAUGGGACCCUGAGGAAGGCCUGGCUGAUGGCUGCCUACCUGGUGGUCCUGGUCCCUCUUGUUCUCAGAGGACCAAGGUGCUGUACAGGGUUCCCCAAGGGCCACCACUCUCUCUUGCACCGGUUAGUGGAGGAAAACCACCAGGGAAAACCUGGCAGAGGAAGCACCAGGAGGCAUUGGGGAACCAUCAAUCGUGUGUCCUGAUUUGGGGUGGGAGAGGGUUAGUUGUUAAAAUCUCAUGGCCUAAUUUUUGUUGUUUCUAAUUCAUUUUAUAUCAUUGAGUCGGGGAAGUGGCGACCGGAAAUAAAAUACUUGGAUCUUCUACCCCA